AGAACGUGUUAGAAUUUGAAACCUGUUCUUUCCUUACAGUGAGUAAUUAAUGUCAUGCGCGCCAAAUGAAAACAUCACUUCCGAACUGCACUGAGAGGAGGUUCCGGUGUAUGUGAAAUCCGUCUCUCGCUUUACUGUUGAGCAUGAUUACAGCUUCCUUAUUCUUUUUCCCUGUUGAUCAUUAGUAUUUAGAACUUCUCUGGAACAAGCCGAUAAAAUGCCAUCGAACUACCAUUGGCAAAGUAAGGGCAAUGUCAAAGCAAGUGGAGUGGAAGAUAUGGUUCUUCUGCCGAAGAUCCAAGAAGCGGCGAUCGUGGAGAAUCUCAAGAAACGAUACAUGGACGACCUCAUAUUUACAUACAUUGGUCCUGUGCUGAUUUCUGUCAACCCAUUCAAGCAGAUGCCUUACUUUACAGACAAAGAAAUUGACCAGUAUCAAGGAGCUGCAUCAUAUGAAAAUCCUCCGCAAAUUUAUGCCCUUACUGACAACAUGUACAGAAAUAUGUUGAUUGAUCAGGAGAAUCAGUGUGUGAUUAUCAGUGGUGAAAGUGGAGCAGGAAAGACAGUUUGUGCCAAGUUCAUUAUGAACUAUCUGGCUAAAGUAUCUGGUGGGGGUCCAAGUGUACAGAAAGUCAAAGAUGUGAUUCUUGAAUCCAACCCUCUUCUAGAAGCUUUUGGUAAUGCCAAGACUGUUAGGAAUAAUAACUCCAGUAGAUUUGGAAAGUAUGUUGAGAUACAAUUUACCAAAGGUGGUCAACCUGAUGGUGGCAAGAUCUCCAACUUCUUACUCGAAAAGUCUAGAGUUGUCAGUCAGAAUCCAUCAGAAAGGAACUUUCACAUUUUUUAUCAACUUAUUACUGGUGCUACACAAGAAGAGAAAGGUCAGUUAGGUCUCACAGAACCUAGCUACUACUACUAUCUAAAUCAGAGUGGAACAUACUCAGUUGAUGGUACGAAUGACGUAAAGGAGUAUGAAGAAACCAGGAAAGCAAUGGAUGUGAUAGGAAUAUCUGAUGAGGACCAAGGAAGUGUGCUGCAGAUAGUGGCUGGGGUCCUUCAUUUAGGAAAUAUUUCCUUUGAGGAGCAAGGAAACUAUGCUGUACCGAGUGAUGAUGAAUUCUUAGCAUAUCCAGCAUACCUGUUGGGUAUAAAUGACAUGUUAUUGAAAGAAAAACUGAUCAGUCGUGUAAUGGACAGUAAGUGGGGUGGAAAAACUGAAACUAUCAACAUGAAACUUAAUGUUGAACAGGCUUCUUACACCAGGGAUGCCUUAUCUAAAGCUCUCUAUGCAAGAUUGUUUGACUUCCUUGUUCAGUCUGUGAACAAAGCCAUGCAGAAGCAAGUUGAUGAACUAACGAUUGGAGUUCUUGACAUCUAUGGCUUCGAAAUCUUUCAGAAAAAUGGAUUUGAACAAUUCUGCAUCAACUUUGUCAAUGAAAAGCUACAACAAAUUUUCAUUGAGUUGACUUUGAAAGCAGAGCAGGAAGAAUAUGUGGAGGAAGGAAUCAGUUGGAGUCCAAUUGAUUAUUUUAACAACAAAAUUGUUUGUGAUGUAAUUGAGAGCAAGAAACCUCCUGGCAUUAUGUGUGUUCUGGAUGAUGUUUGUGCAACCAUGCAUGCUGUUAGUGAAGGAGCUGAUGCAACUCUUCUUGAGAAACUGAAUAAUGCAGUAGGUACACAUCAACACUUUCAAGGUGUCAGUGGGGGGUUUAUAAUCCAUCACUAUGCUGGAAAGGUGACUUACGAUGUUAAUGGAUUUUGCGAGAGAAACCGUGAUGUUCUUUUCAAGGAUCUUAUUGAGCUGAUGCAGACAAGUGAAAAUCCUUUUAUGAGAAGUCUAUUCCCUGAGGAUGUCAGCACUGACAAACGAGGAAGACCCACAACAGCUAGUAAUAAAAUCAAGACACAAGCCAAUCUGCUGGUGGAUAAACUUAUGAAGUGUACCCCUCAUUACAUCCGCUGCAUUAAGCCAAAUGAGAGCAAAAAGGCUCACGACUGGGAGGCUGACCGUGUGCGACAUCAGGUGGAGUACCUGGGACUCAAGGAGAACAUCCGGGUUAGAAGAGCAGGCUUUGCCUAUAGAAGACCCUUUAAGAAGUUCCUUGAGAGAUAUGCUAUCCUUACCAAGGAGACUUGGCCGCGGUGGAAUGGUGACAUACGAAGAGGGGUGGAGCAUCUGAUGACUGCGGUCAACAUGGAGCGUGACCAGUGGCAGAUGGGAAAAACUAAAGUGUUCGUCAAGGCGCCUGAGUCGCUCUUCUUGCUUGAAGAAUUGAGAGACAGAAAGUUCGACGGUUACGCCAGGAAGAUCCAGAAGGCUUACAGAAUGUACACGUCAAGGAAAUACUUUGCCGAGCUCAAACAACAAGCAUCAGACAUCCUGUUCAACAAGAAAGAGAGACGAAGAUUUAGCAUCAAUCGCAAUUUUGUGGGUGAUUACAUUGGUUAUGAUGACAAUCCAGCCUUGAGGAGUUUAGUCGAAAAGCGGGAGAGAAUCGAAUUUGCUGUCACAGUGAACAAGUACGACAGAAGAUUUAAGGCGAUGAAACGAGACCUUCUGCUCUCAAGCAAACACAUUUACCUUAUUGGAAGAGAAAAGGUGAAGAAAGGACCCGAAAAGGGUAAAGUUUAUGAAGUUGUAAAACGGAAACUGGAAAUGAAAAGCAUAGGAUCUGUGUCACUAAGUCCACUCCAAGAUGACUUCAUAGUUCUUCACAUCCCAGGGGAAUAUGACAGUGUUCUGGAAACUGUGUUCAAAACUGAGUUUUUAACUCUUCUUUCAUCAAAGUAUCAAGACUCAGUCAACCGUCAGCUUAGAGUCGACAUUGCCAGCAGCAUCACAGUGACAGUAAAGAAGGAGGGCUGGGGUGGAGGCGGAACACGUUCCCUAAACUUUACCUCGGGAGGUUCUGACAUCCCUGUGCUGAAGCCCUGUGGCAAAACACUCAACGUCUCCAUUGGCCCAGGUCUUCCGAAGGACACAAGGCCUGGCCGCCAAGCACACGUCAGCUCCAGCCCAAGCAAACCACGUCGAGCAGCCCCAGCGUACCCCGCUCAACAGCAAGCAUCCAAUCAAUCUCGUGGCAGGUCAGCGUCAAGUAUCAAACGAUAUGCAGCAACCCACAAACAGCCGUCACUUCCAAGAUCAGGUGCACAACACUUAGCGCGAGGACCGGCUAACGUUGAUGUUCGACAACAGGAAUUCAUGCGAACACCUGAGUCAGGAGUUUGUGGAUUUAAUCGCAUGAACCCACCUCCUCCUGCAUCGACUAUAAGAAGAGGAACUCGCGCAUAUGAGACUUAUCCAGCACCGACCACAGGACGACACGGGGCUGUAGGGUACCCUCACCACAUGAAUAACGCUGCAUCUGUCCAGUUCGGCGAUGGUUCGCAACGCUCUGGAAGAAUUCGUGAGCAGCUGGAUCCUGCCGUCUAUGGACAUUACCGGAGAACGGGGCACCCUCUCAACGGACAGAACGAACAGUUCAAUCCAGCAACGCUAAGACGCAGGUCUGAUGACGGAAAGCGGAGGGUCAGCUUUGAAGACGAUCAUGUGGAUGCUGCAAGACGGCAAGCCGGGUACAAAACGAUACAACGACCGCGUUCAGCCAACAUUACUUCUCAGAGGGAAAGGAUGUAUAGUUCUGCGGCUAAUGAAGGUUCAGAUUCAAGGUCGCUCCGGGAAGGGGAAACACAGCGUGAUCCUUACGCGAGAGAAACUGCAAGACAAAAUGGGUACAAAACUGUCCAGCGCCCACGCUCUGCGACCCUUGCCUCGCAGAAUGAGAACACUUGCAGUACAAAAAACAGUCAACAGAGAAUGCAGUGGGCUGAAGCUGCUCAAGAUGCCAUCAGACAAUCGGACCAAGGUGGGUACAGUCGGGCAGGGUAUCAUAUGAACCAAGCCCCUCGACAGAGCUCGCCCCGAUCGGACAUAUCAUUCCACUCGGGGAGUGUCAAACCCCAGGGGACAGGGUAUGGAGCAGAUUACAGAGCUAGGAGUGCCUCCCAUGGUGCUGAGUACACAAGCACAAGGCGCCAGCAGACCAGGGCGCAGCAGAACGGAUACGAACAUAUGAGUCCAGUGAGUUGCACUCAAGCCAACGGGCAAAAUAGGCAGCAUGCCUAUGUUCCAGCCUCAGAGUAUCCAGGGUGUGCAGCGAGAUCACAUCAGCGUGUUCCAGAUGGAGUCAACUAUAGAGCUCAGAACGUUGUGCAGCAGCAGAGAACAGCGUAUAGAGCAGGACAAGCCCGGCGUGGUGCUGUCCAUGAGGGCUAUGAGGAAAUGGCACCUUUGCACUAUAACUCUGCUGCUCCGCAGAAUGGAGCAGGUACCCAGCAGAGUGGAACACAAUACAGUACCACAGGAAAGCGAAAGAAAGGAGGCACACAGUACAAUACGAACGGAAUACCCUACAGUAUUGCAGAUGCUCGGCAGCAUGACUUGCCGCACGAUGCUGUCACAACUCAACAUAAUGGAGGUACCAUAAACCACCAGAAUGGGAUGCCGCACACAGGUGGCACAGGCCAUCAGGCUGAACUGCCGUACAGUACUGGAACGAACCAACAAAAUGGAGCUCCCUACGGAGCUGCAACCAGCCAGCAGAACGGAAUGCCGUAUGGAGCUACCACUAGCCAACAGAAUGGAAUUCCAUACGGGGCUGCAACCAGCCAGCAGAACGGAAUGCCGUAUGGAGCAACCACUAGCCAACAGAAUGGAAUUCCAUACGGGGCUGCAACCAGCCAGCAGAACGGAAUGCCGUAUGGAGCAACCACUAGCCAACAGAAUGGAAUUCCAUACGGGGCUGUAACCAGCCAACAGAAUGGGAUGCCGUAUGGAGCUGCCACUAGCCAACAGAAUGGAAUUCCAUACAGGGCUGCAACCAGCCAACAGAAUGGAAUAGCGUAUGGAGCUGCUACUAGUCAACAGAAUGGAAUUCCAUACAGAGCUGCAAUCACCCAACAGAAUGGAAUUCCGUACGGGACUGCCACUAACCAACAGAAUGGGAUGCCGUACAAUGCACCUACCUGCCAAUGCGAUAAUAUUCCUUACACCACUGGUGCCAGUUCCCAGAACAGUAACCCGUACAGUGCAGCUCAGAAUGAUCAGAAUGGAAUCCCUCACAGCCGUGCAGGAUUUCCUCAGAAUGGUCUUCCCUACAGUGCGACCACAACUCAACAGAAUAAACAACCCUCCAUUUCCGCAGAAAUUCAGCAGCACUGUAUGUCCUACAGCACUGCUCCGUCUCAACCCAAUGGCACAUCGUACAGUGUGACAUCUACCCAUCAGAAUGGUUCCUACAUUGCCACACAUCACAGUCAAGAAGGCAGCCCCAAUGGCCACAGUGAGACUCCACACCAAAAUGGCUAUGAUGGUUAUGAUAGUACUGACAGCGACUUUGAUGACACCGAUGAUGAUCAGCUCAAUGAUUAUGUCAAUCUGAAGACGUGGGAUGAUGGUCAAAAUGGGUCUAACAGUUCAACUAACCAAGAUGAUAGUAUUGAAAGGAUUAACUCCAAGAAAAAGUCCAUGUCAAAACGUCCUCCAGCUCCAGGAAAACCCAGGCCGAAGCCAAAACCGGCCCCGUCCCUACCCCGGUGCAAGACACUGUGGCCUUACGACGCCACCGACGUUGAUGAAUUGAGCUUUCAACCGAACGAAAUUAUCGAAAUUAUUAAAGAAGAUCCCUCAGGAUGGUGGACAGGAAAACUGAAUGGCCGCGAGGGACUAUUUCCCAGUAACUAUAUCGAAAAGAUCUAAAGAAAAAAAGUAUUGAUAAAAUAGCUUUUUCUCAAGUAGUCGUAAUUUUCAGCAUUCUGGUGUAACUAUGGUAACGAAAUUUGGAAGCUAUUUAAUCGCAUGUGAUUUUUUAGUCACCCGUCCCUAAGUUUACGUAGUCUCAGACGGCAGUAAUCGUGACAAAAACAAUAAUCUUAUUCAUUUGGUACGGAACAAUUCAUAAAUGUGCGUCAUAAUUCAUAAAUGCGUCACAAUUCAUAAAUGAUGGUAAUUAACUCAUACACAUCUACCACAUUCAAUGUCAAAGUCACCUUAGUUCUAAAGUAGCUGAAGCAUGGCAAGAAAUUUAGAAAAAAAAAAAAACUCUUGGGAAUGGCUAAUGUCGUACCCAGAUCAUAUCAUGUAACUGAAAUGUGGGGGCCGGCCGGCCACCGCUUGGCCGUGAAUGGUCUGGCUACGAGAUUAGUGAAUGGCCUAAGAGAUAAAUGCUGUUGCUCCGUGUUAUUGACUGUUAUAUUUUUAAUAAACUCCUUAACUGUUGGAAAAGUAGGGAAAUUGUGAGCAAAUGACACAUUGGAAGACAAAUUGGGCGUAAUUUAGGUAAACGUAAAUGUCUACUUUCAGUCCAAAGAAGAAAUGAAAUACUUAAACAGUUUUAGUUUACUUUAAAAUUUGUAAGAAGCACAAUUUAUUUUGACGAAGAACCCUUCAAAUAACUAUGUAACAAUAUAGUGAUGUUAAGUAUAAGAAAAAAAGUGGUGUGUGAAUAGUCUGAAAAUAAUUUAUUGAAACCUGUAACAAUUUUUUUUGCAAUAGUUAACAACUACUACCAAUUUUUAUCAGAUUUCUUUUAAAUUUUAUCCCGUCUAAUUCAACGUUAAGGCCCUAUGUGCCACGAGGCAUGAAAAGGAUUGAUGAUGAAUUCAACGUUACGUACAAAAUUGGGAGACUUGCACUUCUAUAUUUUGAAGGUAGUAGUGAACAUUUGCAAGUGAUUGCAAAAUAAACUCUGCAUUCAGAA